CGUUCAAAACGUUAAAAUUUGUCGAGGCAGUCGGACGUGCUCAAGUGUCGCUGCUGAAAGAAAAUUCUGCUGUAAAUGCCAAACUAAUAUGAUUUAAAUUGAUUAAUUCACAAUUAAUAGAAUUUAAUUCGUGCGGCGUAGUCGAAUAACGGUUGUUUCCGCAGCCAACUUAACUCGGUGUAUUUACCCAAGUGCGAAAGUGUGUGUGCGAAACGGAAUCAAGAAAUAAACAAGAGCGACGGCAGCAACAACACGGCAAAACGCAACAAGAAGUGUAAGCAAAAGUGAAGAGGAAGACGAAAGAGGAAAUGCUUAAGUACAACAACAAGAACGGCAAAUAAACGAACAAAACGCUAGAGUGCAAGUGCAUCGCGUGAGUGUCUUACAGUGUGCGUGUGCGUUUGUGUACAUGCUUUGGCGUGUCUGUGUUGGUUAGGCGGCGGAAGUAGAAACGUUUGACUUGUUCUUCUGCUUCGCCUUUUUGUUUGCUCCGCUUUGCGGCUGACAUUCGUCGCAGGGAAACGAAACGAAAACAAAAACAGAGAGCCAGGAUUAGCCCCAAAAGCACACAAGACCGCCGCCCACUCACUUCCCCCCUCGAAAAACAGAAACAACAACAAUGGCAACUUGGCGCGACGCCCUCUUCGUCAUCAGCAGAUAACAACAAGAAAAACAUCGAAUUAACAACAACAAAGCAACGAAGCAAAAGCUAAAGCGUUCUGGGAUCUGGACAAUAUCCGCUUCCGCGUUGCUUCUGUCGCUAAAAAGCUCAAGAAUCGAAGCCCAACGAGAACAGACAAAUUCACUCACUCGCCUUGCAGUACGUCACCACAGUGCACAGUGGAGCAAACAGAUAAUACCACUUAAAGGCAACACUAGUGGCUCCCACUGACCCACUGAUACGGAUCCGCUGACCAGGACACUUCCUUACACACUGCGGCUGCAUGUCCAAAAUGAAAAUGCUCCCAGUACAGUUAUCGUUGAACUCGCUGAAUCCCGGCAUCUGGAGCGAUGUGCUCUGGCGCUGCCCCCCGGCGCCGUCCAGCCAGCUGGCGGAGCUGAAGACACAGCUGCCCCCCUCCCUGCCCUCCGAUCCGCGCCUCUGGAGCCGCGAGGAUGUGCUCGUCUUCCUGCGGUUCUGCGUCCGCGAAUUCGAUCUCCCCAAGCUCGACUUUGAUCUCUUCCAGAUGAACGGCAAGGCGCUGUGUCUGCUGACGCGCGCGGACUUCGGCCACAGGUGUCCGGGCGCAGGCGAUGUGCUGCACAACGUGCUCCAGAUGCUGAUCAUAGAGUCGCACAUGAUGCAGUGGCAUCUGCCCAACAGUCCAGUGACGCCCACCAGUCGUUAUCCCCUGUCGCCGCACAGCCAUCCGCCGACGCCCACGUGGCCGCCACUGAACGCUCCGCCGGAGAACAGUCCCUUCCACAGUGCGGCCCACGGGCUGGCGGGUCACCACUUCAUGGCGCCGAACUCCGUGACGCUGAGUCCCCCGCCCUCGGUGGAUUCCCAGGCGAGUAGUCCGCCGCAGGCGCCCUACCAAAACGGAGCAGCCGCUGCCGGAGCAGCCGGCGGAGCAGGAGGAGCCGGAUCAGGAGGAGGGCCGUCGAGCGCUGCAGGCGGAGCCACCAACAGCAGCAAUCCCACAUCGUCGAGUGCCAGCAGCACCGGAAGCAACGGCUCCCAGCCGAGCAUCAUGCCCAUGAAGGGCAUCAGCAGUGCCAGCAGCAACCACUCCGACUCCGAGGAGGAGUACGCGGAGACCAGUGGCGGAGCCGGCAAGCUGCCACCAGCUCCACUCUCAUACAGUACGGCCAGUCCGCCGGGCACACCCAUACUGAAGGACAUCAAGCCGAACUGGACGCAACAGAUGACGAAUAGCUUUGUGAACUCGUGGUCGCAGCAGCAACAGCAGCAGCAGCAGCAACAGGCAGCCGCCGUUGCAGUGGCAGCAGUCCAGGCGCAGCAGCAACAGCUGCAGCAACAACAGCAGCAGCUGCCCCAGAAGCUGACCCUGGACAACACCGCUGGCCCAGUGGUGACCCCCGCCGGAGGAUCGAUCUCCGCCCCGACGACGCCCAGUUAUAUGUACAAAGCCAAGCGGGAGUUCUUUCCCGAGAACUCGGAGCCCAAUACAAAUGGUCGCCUGUUGUGGGACUUUCUGCAGCAGCUGCUCAACGAUCGCAACCAGAAGUACAGCGAGCUGAUAGCCUGGAAGUGCCGCGAUACGGGCGUGUUCAAGAUCGUCGAUCCCGCCGGCCUGGCCAAGUUGUGGGGCAUCCAGAAGAACCAUCUGUCCAUGAACUACGACAAGAUGUCGCGUGCCCUGCGCUACUACUACAGGGUGAACAUACUGCGCAAGGUGCAGGGCGAGCGACAUUGCUAUCAGUUUCUGCGCAAUCCCACGGAGCUGAAGAACAUCAAGAAUAUCUCGCUGCUGCGGCAAACGACGCCGGCGAACGGCAACGGCGGCGGAUCGUCGAUGCCGCAGGGCAGCAACCAGGCGCCCGGAAGUCCUGCUGGUCAGAAUUGGAACACCCAGCAACAGCAGCAGUCCCAGCAGCAGCAACAGCAGUCGCCCCAGCGUCCCGCCUCGCGGAACGGUCCGAUGAGCCUGCCCGCCGUGGCCGCGGUGGCAGCAGCAGCUGCUGCGGCCUAUGGCCCGCCGCCCACAUCCCCACUCUUCAUGCACGCGAUCAAUGGAGCCUUCCACUACCUUUCGGCGGCGGCAGCUGGUCCGCCACCCAAUUCCCCUGCCCUGAACACCCCGUCGGCUGUCGGAGGACCCGACAAGUUCCAGUUCCAUCCCCUGAAGCUGGAGAACGGCUCGGGAUCCGGUUCGGAAAGCGCUGGCGAGGAUCUGAAGCCCACGGACCUGAGUGUGAGCAGCAAGAGCAACGCCACCAGCAACGAGGAUUGCUACCCACUCAUCCGCAAUGCUGACGGUCUGACCACCAUCAAGCUGAUACGCUGCAACGAUCACCUGGGUGCCCCGUCGCCAUCGGAGCUGUCGCCCAAGCCGGAUGACCAGCAGCCCGCCGCCUCCAAUGCGAGCAGCUCACCCAGGCCGAUGGAUCAGGCCAGCGAUCAGGCUCAGCCAAUGCCCAUGGAAAGCGAUUUCAAUGGCGGCGAGUCGGAGGACUCCUUCCGGCACAUGCGGCAGUAGGAGAAGCAUCAUGAGCGUCCUGUGACAAUCGCCCGACUACUUCUAUCUUCCACUCCCUCCUGAGCACACACAGCAUUACCUGAGCUACAUAAAUUGGGACCAGCAAAAGAAGCGCACAGACAUUUCGACAGACAACCUGCUGGACAUAGAUCUGGAUGCCUUUCAGUUAGAAUGGAUCGUUUAGCAAUGCUAUGGAUUGUAUAAGCAGAAAGUAAUCUUUAGAUAACUGUGCUAAAUCAGACAUCCAAAGUUUACUUUCCACUCCAGCAUUUCGUGGUGAAUGCAAAACGAUUCGCUCGGCUUACUGUAUAUAGAAAUCACACCUGCAUAAACAAACACACCAUCAUACAUACAUAUAUUUUAUAAAUCAAGCCUAUUUAUUAAGCUAAGCUAAGCGAGAGCAGUGUGCAUGUAAUUUCGUUGUUGUAAGUAGAUUUCUUGAGCCGGCGCAGCGCAGCCUUCGAUUAUGUGCCAAUUUCUACAUUUAUCAAACAAAAAAAAAAGCCUAACCAUAAGCGUUCAUUCGUCAAUCAUAUGAGUAAAUGAUAGCGAUUAAGGAGUAAACCUAGAGAGUAGCUUAGACCGUAAGUGUUGCCACCUUUGAGCUUUACAAAUGUUGCCUCAACAAUGGUUUCAAAUUUAUGAAAACAGAAAACCAACAAACGUUGUUAAAAUCGAAAGAAAGUGAAGAGAAUAUGAAAUUUGAAUUGUUGGCGAAAUCGUUAAUUAAUAUACAAAUCAGCAUAGAAAGAGUUUUUUGUAUACAACAAGGCAAAUUGAUUUCAUGUGAUAACAACAGAAUUAUCUUUGAUUCACAUUGGCUGAAUGGUCAAAAAAAAAGCAGUUCUAAAAGGGCAAAGCUGAAACAGUUUGCCGGGUGGGACUGCUCUUUCUUCGAGAUCAGCCUGAAAAGAGAGCUUUCAAAAUUCAAUUUCAAUUGAGACCCUAGCCCUAGAUACACUGCAACAUGAUAACAAACAUUAUAAAAAAAACAUUGGCUUCCAUUUUUAUAUAGCAAUGAUGAUGCACACAAGCAUAUAUAUGUAUACACGUUAGUUUUCUAUUAUUAUCAUUAUUAUUAUAUUAUUUUUACGUUAGCCUAAGCAGCUGCAAUUAAAUGGCAGCCCAGCAUUAGUAGUCGCGCCAAUGAAGGUGUUCACUUAAGCAUUAACAAUUUUAGUUUGUAAAACGCAUGCGAUCUUAACACCCACCCACCCACACGCCACCACCCACCACCCGCCCCCACUCACCUGCUAAAAAGAAGAAGAAACAAUAGAAAAUGUACAUUUGAAGCACUUUAUUAAUUAUAUUAAACAGAAUGAAGCGGAUUAAGGAGAGAUAUCAUCAAUGCACGUUCAUACAUUUAGCCAGUAGUGCAACUGUAAUUAUUAAUUAUUGAGUAGAUUUAUGGUAAUGAAUAAUUUUCUAUUUGUUUUUCGUACACCUUAAGUUUAAACACCGCCAAUAGCUAAUAAUUAGCACUCUAGUGUCGCCACAAUACCUGUUCUUCCAUUGAAAACUUUAAUUUUCGAUCAAUACAUAAUUUAUAUAUGUAUAAAAAAAGGAAACAAAUUUAUAUGCAAUAAAUAAAUUGAAAAGUGAAAUCCGA